AUGAAGUUUAAUUGCAAUCCCUUGCAGAUUCUAUGUGUUCUACAUCCCACCAUGGAGGAUGGGUCAGGGGGGGGCUGCGGAGGGGGAGGGGCGGGGGGGCUGGCUGCGGGGGUGGUGGGCAAGGGGGGUGGGGGGGGGGGCGGCGGGCGGGCUGUGGGGCGGUGGGACCUGCCGCGGGUGGAGGUGGGGGGGUCGCUGGUGGGGGGGGGUCCCCUGAUGGGGGGGGGGGUGGGGGGGGGGGGGGGGGGGGGGGGUGGCUGGGGCGGGAAGCCAGGCGGGCCGAAGGGGGGGGGCGGGGUGGGGGGGGGAGUGGUGGUGGGGUUGGGAAGGGGAGUGGAGGGCAUGGGGAGGGGGGGGGCGGGGGAUGGGGACGGAAAGGUUGAUGUGUGGGGGAUUACGGCUGGUCGCGGGUGGGGGGCUGUGGGGCGCGGCCGGACGGCGCGCGAGGGGUGGGGGGGGUCUGGGGGGGGGGAUGCUGGUGGGUGGGGGCGGGCGGGGAGGAGCAUUCGUGGAGGCGGGGGGGGCCAGCGGGGGGGGGGGGGGGCGCGCGUAGGGGCGGUUGGUAGCGAGGGGGGGGAGACGGGGGUGGCACGGGGGCGACGGGGGUUGUGUCGGGGGGCGGGGGUUGAGGGGGCGGUGGUGGGGGGGGGGUCUAGGGGGAGUCGGGGGGGGGGCGAGCGGGGGGGAAUGGAGGGGGGGGGGGUGCGGGGGGGGGGGGUGGCGGGGGCGAUGUGGUGUGCGGGUUGGUGGAGCAGGCGGGUGGGGGUCGAGCGUGGGGGGGGGGAGCGCGGGGCGGGGGGGGAGUCUGGGGCGUGA